GGAUAUCACUCAGUUAACAUUCUUAGUCUAAUUUAUAUUUCUCUUUCCAUCCUUACUAGAUUGUCACUCCUACUUUAUUUUUUUAGAUGGGAAAACAAUGAAAGUUUUUGCGAAAGUGUGAUGCAGAGUGAACACUCACAAAGAUUGUUGCAUUUGAUGGAUGCAGCUGUUUUUGAUUUCCUGAUACAGAAUGGCGACCGGCAUCACUACGCUCGUUUUACAGGGUCGUCUGACUCUCCCGUAGUCCUGAUAGAUAAUAGCAAAAGUUUCACUGAUGCUCAUCUAGAUCAUAUGGACGUUUUGGCACCAGUGUUGCAAUGCUGCAGGUAUAUCAGAAUCAAUGUUCACUGUACAUAUUGAUGUAUGUUAAU